GACGCCGUUUUUGUCCAAUUUAUCCUAAUUUUUCCGCUAGACAGUUGACACAGUUGACACUUUCGGCAAAAUGGCCACAGGCUAAAAUCUCUCGUAACUCUUGACCAUGCCAGCCCAUAAUUCCUGGACCUCGAUGAUGUCCGGAAAGCCGGACCUGACCAUCAAAUCAUCAGUGAUCGAACAUCAGAUCCAGAGUGUGUUCGCAAGAGACUCAGUGGGGACACAAUUUCACGGUCGCCCCAAAUCGACUUACAGCAUCCGCCGCUUCUUCCGCAAAUCGCACAAGCAACUCAGAGCCGUCCAGAUCGAAAGUCUCAAAAACCAGUUGAUCGAAUGUUGCCUCACACACAUCCAGGACUCGUACCGCGUCCACUUAAACCGCCUCAAAGGGCUCAAGAUCCUGGAAACCUUCAUCCACUUGGUCCACAUCUCGAAGAUCAGCUCGGAACUGGCCACACACAUGGUGUGGGCCUGUCUCAGCUGCAUCCACCAUUUCCUGCUGCGGCUCAAGUCGGAAGGGGGGCUCAUGCAGUGGCUGCGAAGGAAGCAGGCACGCAAGUCGAUUCGAGUCUUCGACAAUUUAAUGACGUUCCUUAUACCCUUCUACUAUCCUGUGGUUUUCUCAGCGGUUAUAACUUUUUUCGAAGAGGCCAACAUCUGGGAUAUUGAGUACUUUUGCUCGAAUUUACUCGAACGCUUGUUUUUGGUUGUCGACGAGAAACGCAAGACCGAUUCCAUGAUGGAGAUUAUUUCCCUGAUUGAAAACUCGACCCUCACCAACGCGCUCACAUCUCGCCAAAUCCUCCAAGUGUUAUUCGACAUUGAGCAAAGUUUAAAAUGGGAUUUGAUGAACGACCGCCUCCUUGAAAAAUUCCUCGACAUGUACUACAGCAGUUUAACACCUGAAGACAAUCACGAAUACAACUACGAGUCACUCGAGAAGGGCCUCGAGACGUGCCUAAGGGCCAUGUGUGCCAACUUUGGCGAAAAAUAUCUAAUGCUCAUGAUUAGGUGGAUGUUGGACAUGACAACUUCGGAAAAAAUCUCCGACGAAAACCUGCUCAAUUUCGGCAGUUUGCUGGAACACGUCACCACCCUGUACACCUCCAAGAGCCUGAACCGGAAUUUGCCCGAGCAGGUGUUCCCUUUCAUCUUCAAGCUGAUUGCGUCGAAAAAUCUGCUCUAUAGCCUUCUCGGCAACCGGGUUUUGCACAACUUGAUCGACCGCUGCCACAAUAAGCUAAAGUUCGACGCGCCUCGCAUUUUUUUCAGAAACUCGCACUACAAUAUCGUGCUGAAUCACUACAAUUCCACCGAUAAGCUGCUUUUCCAGCGCUAUCGCGAAUUGUUGCACAAGACUUUCGUCGAGUCCGUUAUCAGACACGGAGUCCACAAAAUUCAUUUGGAGAACAUCUACAUUUCUGUCGUGCUGUUCCUGGUGGAGAUUCCCUGCGGGUACACGGCUGCCGCAGCCGUUUGUCUGGCGAUGUCCAUCCAAGAGGCGGCGCUCGAGAGCAAGAGCAUCCAAAUGACUCACGCACACCGCCUCCAUGCGGCUGUGGUCUCGAUAAUGUCCCUCGUUUGUUACAUCCAUAAAGCUUCAGUGUUUUAUGAUUACGUUGAUUCGAUUAUUGAUAAGAGGGCGAAUUUUGCGCCACAUUUGAAUCCGCCGCUGAAAAUUAAGUACAAGUAUGCGCAGCAUCACGUGUUGUGGAACAAGCCGGACUUGUUCUUUGAGGAUUGGGAGACGAGGUAUGGGCUCUGGAGGUGCUUCAAGAACAGGCAUAAGGAUAUCGUUGUGGUGCACACCUAAGGGAUGAUCAGAUGGACUCUGGGAUUUGAGGAAUUUUUCAAUGGAAGAUGGACACAGUCGACUUGAGACUAGGAAAUGCUUACACAUGCAUUUUUUACGGAAUAAAUGGUCAAAAUAAAAAUUAUGAUUCGAGUUUUUGUUAUUCCUUCUGGUGAAUAUACAGGGUUGCUAAAAAGUGUGGAUACAGUUAAAUAUUAUAAAAACUGUUCAUCAAAACUUAUUAAAAUUUUAUCGUUUCAGAUGCUUAUUAAAUUUCUAUCUCCAUUUGUUCUUCGGAUACAAGGCUAACUUGAUUUUUUUUUAAAUAGCAGCAAGGGUCAAAUUUAAUAUUUUUGAGAAUAGCAUUUUUUUUCUGAGUUCUAUGGUAUAACGCAUGCAUACUUUAAUUUAAUUGAAACUUAAAAAAAAUCGAAAAUUUUGAAAAAUGUUAAAUUUUAUUAGCUUUGGAAAUGUUGUCUUUAUCUAUCGUUGGCUCACUAACCAAAAAAUAAGUAAAAGUUAAAAACAAUACUUUUAACUGAAAAAGAACACGUUUUAAUUAAGAAAUUUUAAACACGGAAUACUUGAUUUUUUAUUCAAACUGAUUUCCACUAACUUCUUGACCUUGUCUUCAUGAUAAACCAACAUGAGAUUUCUUUUCGCUCAGUUUUACUUAAAUGUACUAUUAUUAAACUAAUUAUUGCACCCAAGUUUAAUUUUUGAUUACAAAUGACGGAUAUCGUUAAUAAUAGUAUUUUCAAAGCUAACUUAGUUUUACUAUUCCAGAAAAUUUUUGAAUUUUUAUUUUUUUACAUUUUAAUAAAAGUAAAGUUGGGUAUCAUGUUACAUCAUUGAAUUCAGAAAAAAAAGCUCUUUUAAAAAUAAUUAAAUUUACCUCUUCGGCCAUUUAAAAAAAAUCAAGUGAGCCUUGAAUUUUCAAAAUAAAUGAUACAAAUUUGAAACUGUUCCCCUAAUUUCAAGCGACAUAAAGCUUCAGUGUUUUAUGAUUGCGUUGAUUCGAUUAUUGAUAAGAGGGCGAAUUUUGCGCCACAUUUGAAUCCGCCGCUGAAAAUUAAGUACAAGUAUGCGCAGCAUCACGUGUUGUGGAACAAGCCGGACUUGUUCUUUGAGGAUUGGGAGACGAGGUAUGGGCUCUGGAGGUGCUUCAAGAACAGGCAUAAGGAUAUUGUUGUGGUGCACACCUAAGAGAUGAUCAGAUGGACUCUGGGAUUUGAGGAAUUUUUCAAUGGAAGAUGGACACAGUCGACUUGAGACUAGGAAAUGCUUACACAUGCAUUUUUUACGGAAUAAAUGGUCAAAAUAAAAAUUAUGAUUCGA